AUGAUUUCGCCUGCAACCUUCGACUUUCACUUUGUUAGCGACUCUAUUUCAUACUGCUCGGUGAACCACGGUUCAGCUUGUAAGCAGCAGCUCAAUGGCGCUCCGAAUUUCUUCAAAGUGGUCGAUUGCAAAGCACGACAAGUCGUUGUAGCCCGACCAGGCUAUCAGUACCUGGCUCUAUCAUAUGUCUGGGGAUCAACAACAGGCACUUCAGAUCGGAGUCUACUAGAUCUUGACAACUGUCCAAAGGUUAUCAAUGAUAGCAUCGACGUCACACUGAAACUAAUGUUCCAGUAUCUUUGGGUAGAUCGAUACUGUAUCGACCAACUAGAUGAGGCGGACAAACAUCAUCAAAUAAGACAAAUGGACUUGAUUUACGCUAAUGCCAAAGCUACUAUCAUUGCAGCAGCUGGCGAUGGCCCAGGUUAUGGUCUUCCAGGGGUCAAUGGCACAUUGAGGAAACAGCAGCCUCACCUUCGCAUACAUGGCCAUUUACUUGCGUCCACUUUACCCCAUCCUAGCUGGUCAGUCAACAACUCAAAAUGGGCCUCUCGAGGCUGGACUUAUCAAGAGAACAUUCUAUCCAAGCGCAGAAUCAUCUUCACCGACGACCAAGUAUUGUUCGAAUGCAACAGCAUGCACUAUGCGGAGUCCCAGAUUUUGCCCCUGGACGUGCUGCACACCGAAGACAAGACAAUGUUCAAAUGGUACGUGGCACAAGGGGCCUUCGAGUGGAAAACACCGGGAUCGGACCCCGAAGAUAUAAUACACUUCCUCGCGGAUUUCAGCAAAAGAGAGCUAAGUUAUCCUGCAGAUGCGAUCAAUGCUAUGCAGGGUAUCUUUCAAAUGUUCUCAAAAACAGAGUACCCAGUCUAUCAUAUUGAGGGAGUCCCUAUUCUAUCGGCGACGUCAGGCACAUUUGUCCCAGAGGAUUCCUUCAUUAAAGGUCUCUCCUGGUGUCACUCAAUUCCCGGAAAGCGUCGUCCCGAGUUUCCGUCGUGGUCUUGGGCUGGUUGGACCGGUGUUUUGGAACGUAGUUUCAUGUGGGCAGAUGAAUACCCUGUUGACACUGUACUUUGUCUCGAGACUGAGAAUGGGAUCAUCGAAGAAUUUCCUAGGUGA